CGCCUCGCUCGCCUGGCACAAUGGCAGCGGAAGAUGAAGAGGAGAUUUUGAAGUCACUACGAGCACAGAGCCGAUCAGUUAGCUUCGUAACGGGAUCAGAGUUAGUAAACAUUGAUCUUAAGGAGGAUUCAAGUCAUCUUAAUGAAGACAGCGAACUUAGUGAGACGGAGUUGUUGCUGGCUGGAAUAUUGGUGAAUGAGGCUAGACUCGGUCGAAAUGGUUACUUUAAGACGUCUCCGAAAGAAUUAAGACUUUACAAAAUUUACAACAAGCCAGUAUUGCGAGCAUUAGUGUACUUUUGUGUGUGGCUUAAUCUCUGUUUGGCAUUUUUUGAGGAACCUGCUGUACAAGUAAUGACUCUGCCAUAUUGGGCUACAAUGUUACUCGAAUAUAUCUGCCUGUUUGUUUUCAUUCUUCGUCUGUUCCAUGUCUGGUGUUUUGCUGCUGGUGUGAAAUUUUGGAGAGACAAAAAAAAUGUGAUAAUGUUGUCUAUCAUUGUGCUGACUUUUCUUGACAUGAUUAUGUAUGUCAUAUUCAAAGAAUCAAAACUCCCAGUUCACACCAUGCGAUGGACAAGAGUUCUUCGCCCACUUAUUCUCAUCAAUAUCAGUGAAGGAAGACACAUUCGUAGAGCUGUAAGAAACAUUAGAAAAACUCUGCCUGAGAUAGCUAAUGUUCUGGUUCUUCUGUCACUCUUGAUUGCCUUAUUUACUUUGCUUGGAUUUAAGCUAUUUGGUAAAAGGAAUCUGAAAGACCUCCACGGAAAACCGUAUUUCACGGACUAUUUCGACGUGUAUUUUAAACUGUAUGUUCUGACAACAACAGCGAACAAUCCGGAUGUAACGAUGCCAGCCUAUGAUAACAAUGCUUGGUCCAGUUUGUUCUUUGUUAUUUUCAUUGUCGUCUGUAUGUACAUAUUUGUCAGUAUUUUUCUUGCUGUUGUUUACAAGAAUUACCGGAUGCAUAUGAAGAAUGAAAUCCGUGCGUCAGUCUACCGUAAACGCCGACAGCUGAAAAACGCGUUUGAUGUGUUGAAAGUCAGGUCUAAUGAGAUGUGGGUCAUCACACGAAAAAGGUGGUUGACUCUGAUGAAAGAGGUUUGUCCUCAGUGGAGUCCUGCAAGAGUCGCUCUGUUGUGGCAAGUGCUUGAUGAAAAUAACGAAGGCAAGAUAGGUAAAAAAGACUUCCUCAUGGUUGCUGACCUAUUAAAUGUGAAAGUCAUCGAAGUUAGAGACCAAGUCAAUCUGUUCGAGAGAUUCAUUCCAAGGGUUUACAAUUCCCGCAUCAGUGCCAUGAUUCGAUUGGGCGUGUGCCACAAAUAUUUCGUUUAUUUCUUCGAUUUGGUUAUUUUCGCCAACGCCAUUUUCAUCGCUCUGGAGAGUGAUGACGCAGAAGUGACCUUCCUAGCGCUGUUUAACUUGGAGAUCUUUCUGAAACUGUAUACAUACGGCUUUAAGAAAUUCUUCGCACGAUACUGGAACAUAUUUGAUUUCCUAGUUAUAGGCGCAGCGACAUUGGCUCUUAUCAUUGAAACAUCUUACGAGUCCUUGCAGUCAAGUCAAGGUGUUCUGGAUUUACUGAUGGUUCUUCGAGUUCUCAGAUUAGUGAAAAUUAUGGGCCAAAUUAAGCGAUUUCAGGUUAUAAUUGGAACAGUCAUGCAGAUUGGUCCAGCUAUGGGCACUUACGGCGCCAUAAUGUUUGUAUUGUACUACAUUUACGCCAUUAUGGGGAUGGAACUUUUUGGAAAUUUAAUCAAGUCGGAAAGUAGCUACCCUACCUCUGGUGAAGAAAGUUCUGAUGGCGAGAAUCUCACGUUUUGUGGAAACAUCAAACUGAAAGGGUCAGACUUUUACGGGGAUCGCUACUGUAACAACAACUUCAACAACAUCCUGAGGUCUUUUAAAGUUUUGUUUGACCUGAUGGUUGUCAACCAAUGGCAUAUUAUCACUCAAGGCUAUGUUCGAGUAACAAACAAGUUUGCCAGACUUUAUUUCCUCUCGUUUCACCUCCUUUGCGUUAUUGUGGUUCUUAAUAUAUUCGUAGCAUUCAUUUUAGAAGCCUUCAUGCUGGAGUACUCAUUCACACACGGAAAAAUCGAAACAGUUAUUAGUAAGAAGAUAGAAGAAAAGGGCGUGGGGGUAGGAAUGUGUCCGAUCAAAGAGAGGGCUGCCUCUCUUCUUUCCAUUGAUGAGAUUACCGAGUCAGUUGGCAAUGGCGGUUUUGCCUCGGUGGAAAUGCUUGCCAUGGACACAGGCUUGAGAUUCAAGAUGCCGAAACAACAGAGGAAAAACGCUGAUGUCUUGUUGCAGGAAAUGUUUGAGGACGAACUUGAAGAGAACGAUAUCGGACCGAGAGAUUUAGAGGAUUUAGACGACUUGGAUGACUCAGUAGACCUUGUAAGUGGACGUUCUAGAAGGAAGAUCACAUUUCUCAAUGUUGAUACAGAUUGACUUCUGUUUCUGGAUGUACUGACUUCCUUUCCUGGUUAUACUGAUCUUCGAUUCUGUGUAUACCUAUGUACCGUUUUCGGCCAUAGGUCGUUCAGUUACUGCUCUCAAUUUUUAGAUCGGCGUGAAAUUUUAAAGCCUGUGAAGCCAUAAGGAAGACAUAUCGAGGAUCACGUCUUUCUCCAUGGGAAGAAUAUAGCUUAAUUAAGAAAAGGCAUUGUGCUCUAAAUGAAUCGUGGAUCUGUUGAACAGGUGGUGAAAUUUGUAAGUGAAGAUUGGCAACACGAUUCAUAGCCAAGCAAAUUUUAAAAUCACGACCAGGAACACAUAUUUUUGAUUGGAACUAUUUUUCGGAAAAUAUUUGAACGCGAAUUGCAUGAAAUUCAUCACAUAUGCUCUAAACGUUAAUAGAGUAAGUUUUUAUAUUGAUCGUAAUGAAAAUAAAAUAUAUU